CUGGCAGAGCGAGCCCCAAAGAAGAACCCGAAGAAGAAGAAGAAGCAGCAGCAGCGACCCGGCGGCUCCAGCAGGCUGUAACGGUCCUCUUCCCCCCCCCGGAUCAUACCAGACCUCCAGAUGAGAUUUAAGGCGUUAAACCGGAAGCCUCUAUGAUCCAGCUAACCUUCCAGAGACAUUCACAGUGUUCAGUUUACUCAAGAGGUGAGCCAUGGCUGAACCGAACCCCUCCCGUCCCCAGAGGAAGAUGUCCACAGCUGGGGAGAGUGUGUACAAGGUGCUAGGGCUGGAGAAAGGAGCCACAGCUGAGGACAUCAAGAAGGCGUAUAGGAAACUGGCACUGAAGUACCACCCUGAUAAGAACCCUGACAACCCUGAAGCAGCGGAGAAGUUCAAGGAGAUCAACAACGCCAAUUCAAUACUGAACGAUGAGACCAAGAGGAAGAUCUACGACGAGUACGGCUCCAUGGGCCUCUAUGUGUCCGAGCAGUUUGGAGAGGAGAGCGUCAAAUAUUACUUCCUCAUGUCCAAAUGGUGGUUCAAGGGUCUGGUCCUGUGCUGCACGUUGUUCACCUGCUGCUGCUGUUGCUGCUGCUGCUGUUUUUGCUGUGGGAAAUGUAAACCACCCGACGAUGAUGAGAACUACCAGUAUGUCGACCCUGAAGACCUGGAGGCCCAGAUCAAGGCAGAGCAGGAUGGAGGUUUCACAGUAAUCAUAGGCCAGCCUACUUCUAACCCGGAUCCUGAAAGCCCAAAGGGCCAGAGUCAGCCCAUCCCCCUGCCCAUGCCUAUGCCUCCACCUGGGCCCCAGUCGCCGGGCACAGCCAGUGCAGCGGGGGAAGAAAACCCCGGGGAGACCUUACCGGAGUCGAAAUGACUCGAAAGCGAUAGCGUGGAUGAGCCUCGACUAGCAGAAGCAGCCUGUCGUGCCCCUGUUGUGAUCCAGCCAAAUUCGACUGCUGCCAGCGACACAGAGAUCAACCAGACUCCAGCCAGCCCGGGCCAACACCUCCACCCUGACCCCCUCAUUACUGAUCCACCCGCUGAACCACGCCUGUAAGGUGGGCUCUUAGAGGCUCCCCAUCUUCCUCCUCCAUGGAACUCAAGUAAUGGAGGAGAGUUCACGCAUUGCAGUUCUUUCAGCCAUCCGCUCAUCUAUAAGCUCGCCGUGUAUUUUAGCCUCACCUGGGCUGGAUGUUAUCUCGCUCGCAGUUCAGCCACCAAGAGCUAAUACGGCCCGACUUAAUCAUCUGUUCCCGUCAUCCCAUUACAAACUGGGGAUGAGGGGGGGAAAGAGGGGGACAUGAGGGCUAAAGCUGGUCCUCUGAUUAUCUCCUCCUCAGAUAAAGACUUGGAUGAUUUCUUUCUCUCUGCUGGAGCACUUUUUUUUUUACAUUUCCCCCUCCGUGACAAGCUUCGGAGGAGAACCUAACAUGGGUUAAUGCUUGAUAUGUGAACACACCACCAGACUGGACAGCAGCACGACUAUACAGACAGACGGACAGAUGGGUGUUGGACGUUUCUCUUCUUCCCGUUCUCCUCCUCUUGUCUUGUUUGAAGGACUAUCGCCAGCGUCUACCUUCCUCUCUUCAGACGAGCUCUUGCUGCCAAGUCAUGGUGUUUUAUGUCCUAAUAGAUACCCUUGGAGGAGGACUAACUGAGGCUUCACUUAGCAUUUCAAUCAGGACUCAACGAGACAGACGAGGACAAAAAAAAAAAAGACGUGACGCAGCCAAAGUGACUGCAAGACUCACAGAUUCAUGCAAACAUUAAGACUUUGAUGUUUAAUAUCUGAGCCAAAACCCAGAGCUGCAAAGUCAAGGCUAACCCCUCCCAACCAUGCAUGCAUUUUUAUCCUGGAAUGCACACCCCCUACUGUACAGCACUGGAAUCACACUACAACCCCCCCCCCCGCUACCACGUCAUGAAACUUGAACAACAUGCCUCUCCUGACCUCUCAGACCAUGCAGACUCUGGUUAUACACACACUAUAUACCAGCCCAUAUGUCAUGUGCCACCCUUUUCUAAAGAAAUACGACCCCCCCCCCCGGGAUGAUCUCUUGACUGAAACGUGUCGGUGACAGAAGCAUUUAAGUGUUGACUUGAGCAUGUUGUUAUUUAUUCUGUUGUGUCUGUUGGGUCUCCUUCUUAUGUUGCAGUCAGGUGAUUCAGUAGACUAAAGGCAACAGCCAACCCAUGAUCCCUCAGCUCCAGGCGGAUAGUCUCUGGGAAAGCCACUUGAUUCCACAGCCGGCAUGUGCGCCACAUUCUGUCUACAUCACAUGAGAACUCCUUAGGAUCACGCGGGAGUGUCGGCAACAACAAGCUAAUCAGAGAAAAACAUACUUAUUACAGGUUAGGAUGUCUUUCUGUCGAUGCUAUUCAGUGAUUGUGAAACUGCUUUUAAGUUAAAUAUACUCCUGAUCAAUAAUUCUGUCUCAUCUGUACGAUCUGAUAUACGUUCAUGAGUCUGCUGUCAAUGCUCCCGCGUCUGACAACCUACCCAGGUCGAUCUGCUCUGUUCAGCUGGAUUGUGCGUACCCAAUUCGCCUAGAGAAGCUCCGCCCCCCUCCACUGCAUCACUGGUUGUCUUAAGUUGAGGAGUCGCUUCAAUCAAAGCAGCCCUCCAUGAGGUUUAUUUACUGUAAAGUGCACUACUGUUUGCUUUUAAUGCAUGAUUUUUUACAUAACGGGGGAGAAAAGUUGGUAUCCCAGAAUGCUUUGCGUGUUAGACUCUGUUCACAGAAGACUCAGCCGUGUCUUUAAAAGAGCAAAAAGACACUACACAUUGAUUUGAGACACGCUGCAGCACUCUCAGUGGGAACACAUCGAUUAGACCGGGUACGGAUCAGCCUUGGAGUCCAUGGCGCUCACAAAACAGAUUGCACGCCAUUGCUGUGGAAUCAAGCAGUAAGCCACAGUUCAGUUUGUCAAUAUUGUUUGUAUUGUGCUGCAGGAAUCAUGUGUUUCGGUUGGUUGGAAUCACCUUGGUUCACUUGUUAAGGAGCCAAUCAAAGAGAAUGGUUCUUAUGGCCUAAUUCCAUCGAAUCCCCAAGUCACGGCACUGGAACUGAUAGGUUUCUAUUCUAGUCAAUGUGUUAACUUCCACUGGAUCCGCUCCGUUGUGUUGAAGCUCAUCCGGCAGGUCAGAGCCCUCCGGAUCAGAUACACAAGACUUCUAUUUUUGCCAGAGCACGAUGCAUCAAUGUCAACAGAGCAGAUGGAGGGGGACAGGAAGUCAGGUUUCACCAAAACAAAAUGAAAACAUCCGGUUAAUUUUCAGAAUAAAACACUCUGUGUUAUCACCAGAUCGUAUUUCACUUAACUACAACAACAAACCAAAGUCAUGAUGAGCGGAGCCAGGCCUGGAGUCAACAGGUCAGAGGUUUUCAGAGGACCAGAAAGACAACAUGGAUGAGGAGAGGAGGAGGAGAAUCCUUGAUUCAGUAAUCACCACAGGGAAACCUAGGUCACAUCACUCCAGCUGUCUGGCGGUCCUGCUCUGUGCGGGACCGCCGGACACGGAUCUGGUGGAAGUCUUGUGUAAGUGUAUGCUGCAUGAUCGGUGUUACAAAUGCUUGUUGGUCAAAACCCUCUGGAUUGUUUCCAUCAAAGGUUUGGAGGUUUAGGAUUCAAGGCGGAGUGAUGUAGGUUGAACUUUUCAGCAGGGUGACAUUAAAACUGAAUCCCCUCAAUAAAUCAAAACCAUAAUGUUUCUGUUUAUUAAGAUUCAAUGUUGGAGAUGCACAACACUACAGUGAAACAAACCUGACUGAAACAUAUGAACGUUAUCUCCUCCUUUCAUGUUUUGAUUUAUAAACCAGCUCUGAUAAAUUCUCCAUCACUUCAUUUUGACUCUUAAGGAGCAGCCAACAAACUUGAAGGUCCUUUUUUACAUUUCACAUUGUAACCAUAAGAAGCCCAAACCUGUCAUUUCAAGUGUGUCUGGACAGAUUAUUGUAUCGCCUCUCUCAGAUCUUCCAAAUUAAAACCACUGAAGGGUUAAACUGACGAGGGGAUGGAGCACUGAAAGAAGACAUGUAUUUUAUUUUUAUAAUUUAAAACGACUCAUAAAAACCGUAAAAUAACUCACUGAAUUACUAACUUUUGUAUGAAUCAGUCUUUUAACAGUGUACAUACAUUUUUAAUUUUUUAAUUUGCUACAUAGAAGCACCUUUUAUUGAUUAGAGUAUUACUGAAUGAGGUAGUUGGGUUUUUGAAGCUCCAACUCGGUGAAGCAGUGGGAUGUACUGCAGAAAAAAAAAACUGAUGUAAGAAAGACAGGGACGCAUUAAAUUGGACAACAUUCAAAGACAUUUCAUUCAUGUUUUUUUUUUUUGGGGUGUCCCUUGUUCCCUGAGGACGAUCUGUAAAUGAGUUCUUAUGAAAUUCAACCAAAUAAAAAAGGGGGAUUUUAUAA